AUGCCGGUUCGAAACCAUCUACGCAAAGAAGGACAUCGAGGACAGCUGUCACCGCUGUUCCCUCGUCAUGAAUUGAAGAUAUCGGGUCCUCUUCCACACCCCUUUCCAGCUGCCUAUGACGCCGAGCCUCCUGUCACCCCGAACCUUCUGCCCGUGACGCCUAACGUCGUGGCCUUUAAUUCCUCUUAUAUGAGCUCACCCCGCCAGUCCCAUCAGUGUCCGCAAACACCGAUUCAGUCCACUCCUUCCGAGACUUCACGCCCAGCAACAUAUCACCCACACCCGUCCCCAGGGGCGCCUGUGUCUCAUGCUCACCAGGAAUCCCUUUCGAGCAAUGCGUCUCAUAGCUCUACCAUGCACCGUCGACGAGGGAGCACCCUCAAAACGGUAAUGCGGAAGAUCUUUGGUCGCAAACCACGAGACGAGCUUGAUGACCUCAAGUCACCGCAAGAAAUUCCUGAAAUCUACCCUCAGUCGCCCGAGGUCGCUAGCCUACCUGAUGACGAAGAGGACAUGACCGUACAACCUCCUGCUCGCUUUCACAGAUCCUCUUCCCUCCCAAGCCUAAAAAAUAGCCCUAAGAGAAGUUCCAGAAAUUCGAUCUUCGGCUUAGGCUCGCCCCCCGAAGCGUUAUCGUCCUCAGAACUCUUAGAUGUACGGGGCCAUCGGAGACGGGCCACCCUACCCAGUGUUGCGCUCUCUAUCAACGACACUCUUGAGCUUGCCUCAAAACUUGAUGCAGUUGGUACAUUUGAAAGGAAAAGCUCAAUCGCAAGCCUUGAUGCGCUGGCCUCGAAGGCCGAUACCCAUUAUAAACGCCGCUCACGAAGUGCCUGCGGUUUGAGAGAAACUGCUAAAUCCCAUCGCAUGUCUCCAAUCCAAUGGCGACGGAGAAGUGAUGAGAUCAGGUUUUGGAGGGAGAGUACCCUCAAUGAUUUUGCCGAACCUCGUCCCGAUACUGGCGCUGUGUCAUCUGCCACAAGUCACGCUAGCCCUGAAGAGAAAGACGCGGAUCUAAGUGAAGAGUCUAUUGGUUGUCCUAUCGAAGGAGAUGAAUCUGAAGACUCCGAGCCAAACGGCGAGGAAGGGUUUGAUUUCAAAAAUCUGAUGGAAAGCAUGCAAACUGAAAAUGAAGUCAGUUUAGCACAGCGAGUAGCAACUCUCGAAGUCAAACUGAUGGACUUGGAGUUUGCAAUUGCGAAACUACAAAACAACAACACUGAAGCAACUACGGCCAAGAAGAAGGCUACGAGCUCCCCAGUCCGAGGGAGACCCAUGGAACCCAUAAACGACUCCAGCCAGUUCAUCAACUCAUUCGUAUCCACGCCUAGCAUUACUCCACCUCAGGGAUCCCCGGCUGAAAUAGAACCGAUGCAACGCAGCAGCCCAAUUACGCUGUGUAACCACUCACUGGAAUGCAUCUCACAGUCACGGCGCCCCCCGUCACCACAUCGUUCUGAUUCGGGUUUCAAGGGGAUAUCCGUGGAACAAUACAGUGCUCUGACCACUCUCAUGCGACGAGAACAAUGCGCCAGAAAGCUACUGGAAAGCCAAAUCCUUUCCAUGCAACAGGAGAUUCGGCGCCUUCAAACUGGAGAGCCAUGGGUGCCAGGGCAGGGAAGCACCUUUUUGCGAUCCUCAAGCCCCGACUCACAAGUGCUAGCCAACCCGUACCUUCAUGAUUCUCCAAGACAGGUACCAUCAAAUCCAUGGAAACUUCCACAUAAUAUUGAGUCAUCUCAAAAUGACAGCAACUCGAUUAAUAGCUACCGGCAUAACUCUGACUCAAGCCGGUAUAAUACCUACCACCGAUCCCGCAACGACUAUUCCCUACCACAUAACAAUCAUAUUCCGGGGAUGAUAUAG